CACAAAACACGUCGAUGAAUGCGCGGUAAUUAUAAAAACAAAUAAAAUCAAUUUUGUCUUGUAUUAGCAGUACGAAUUUUAGCGGAAUCAAACUUCCACAUUAAUUGAAACAUUCAAUGGCUGAUUUAGCAUUUAUAAGUAAAUCCGAUUUAGAAAUUUUAAAAGCUUUAACUUUAACAAAUGAUAUUAAUAAAAAGUACAAUUCAAACUCAGUACAAACUAGCAAUGAUAUGCAAACUACGAUCUCGUCCGAAAAUGUGUCUGUCAAUGAUAAUACAGAUUCCCAAGUAACUGCUUUUCUCUCAUGUGCUUCUGAAAAUUUCGUAUCUAUUUACAAUUCAUUUAAAUUCGAUUCGGAGUAUGAAACUCUCUGCUAUGAUGUGAAGUGUGUCAAUAUAAUGUGUGAUUUGUUCAUUGAAAAGAAUCGUUUUCUAGAGAUGCAGAUCUGUUCCUUCAUAAAAGAUGUAUCACCAAUUGCCCAAGAAAUUAUUUCUACAAAUCGCUUGUACAAAGUACUUGAAGAGAUAAAUAAUACCACAGAUCACAUUGUGUUAAUAUGCGAUAAAAUGUAUAAAAUCCAGCAAGUGUUACAAGAAAAACCAUGUGAAAGGACUUUAAAAGUUAAUCCGUCUUGUCAGAAAGCAGUCAUGAAAUUCUUUACUAUAGCAAAAAGUAUAAUGGAGAAAUUGCAACAGCAAGUAGAAAAUAUCGAAAAUUAUCGAAGUAAAAAUGCUGCAGGAAUUGAAACUUAUCAUAAAGAUCUGCAGUCUAAGCUACAUGGCAAAAUUUUAGAACUGGCGAAAAGAAUUGAUAUUAUAUCGCAGUUCCGAGAUCAGAUAUUAUCAACAUCCACUCAGAAUUCUGUGUCAACAUCUAAAAUCGAUAUGUUGCUUUCUUAAAAUUAGAUUCAAGUGUUUAGUUAUACUAUGUACAUGUUAAUGAUACAUAAUGCAUAUAUUCAGUAAGAUAUGUACAUUAUUUAGAAUUCAUAUUUUAUGCCCACUAAAUUCUAUACUGUGUAGUUUUAUGUUAUAU